UUUGGCGCGGGUGUAACUUAUUCAUACGCAUUAUAGUAUUCUGCUGGUAGGAAAAAAAAACUGCUGUUUAUUGUGCGGACUGUUUGUCGCUGUGGGAUUCAGAUUUGACAGUUAAAUCUACACUUUGAAGUGUCCACAUGGCUGUUAGGAGGGGACAUAUAAGAUACCUGAAGGUAUGUGAGGUGCAGGGUCAGGGUGAUGACAGAGACUCGCAGGAUGCUUAUGAUGUUUCCAAUGGUUACGAAGGCCAUAUGGGAGACGAGAGAAGUGACGCGAAAACAAACCUGAUCGUCAACUACCUGCCGCAAAGCAUGUCGCAAGAUGAGCUGCGCAGUCUGUUCAGCAGCAUCGGUGAGGUGGAGUCCGCCAAGCUAAUUCGGGACAAAGUUGGAGGCCACAGUUUAGGGUACGGAUUUGUUAACUAUAUUAACCCUAGUGAUGCAGAAAGGGCAAUCAAUACUCUCAAUGGGCUGAGACUACAGUCUAAAACUAUCAAGGUGUCUUUUGCCAGACCAAGCUCUGACUCGAUCAAAGAUGCCAAUCUAUACAUUAGUGGCCUGCCCAAAUCUAUGACGCAGAAGGACGUAGAAGACUUGUUUACCCAGUAUGGUCGUAUUAUUAACUCACGUGUGCUGGUGGAUCAAGCCUCAGGCCUGUCGCGUGGUGUUUCCUUCAUUCGGUUCGAUAAACGAUCCGAGGCAGAAGACGCGAUAAAAGGCCUGAACGGUCAGACGCUACCUGGAAUGUCUGAGCCAAUCACAGUGAAGUUUGCUGCAAAUCCCAACCAGGCGAAGAACACUCAAAUGGUCUCCCAGUUCAAUUACUCUCAGUCUCGGCGCUUCGGAGGCCCUGUUCAUCACCAGGCCCAGAGGUUUAGAUUCUCACCUAUGAGUGCCGACCACAUGGGCAGUAGCAUGAAUGCAGGAGGGAGCACUUCUGAAGGCUGGUGCAUCUUCAUCUACAAUCUAACCCAAGAUGCUGAUGAGGGCCUGCUGUGGCAGAUGUUUGGUCCCUUCGGUGCGGUCACCAACGUCAAAAUCAUCCGUGACUUUAACACCAACAAAUGUCGUGGCUUCGGGUUUGUCACCAUGUCUAACUACGAAGAGGCGGCCAUGGCCAUCACCAGCCUUAAUGGAUACCGCAUGGGAGACAAGAUUUUACAGGUUUCCUUCAAAACCAACAAAUCUCACAAGUAAAAGGACAAUGUAUUACAAAGGAACUGGUACAUCUUUUUGGGGUUUUUUUUUUGGUUUGGCCCUUCCCACAACAUCCAUGAUUGACAGAGUGUCUCCAUAAAAGUUGUUGUGAAUGUUAGUUCAAGUAAAUAGUCAAGUAGUAUAAUCUAAACAUGGAGAGAAACUAACCAGCUCUAAGCUGAUGUAGCCUAAAAUAGUAUUAUUAUACGUUUGUUUUGAUAGUGCUGUGUAUUAUAUGCUCAUUUGGAUCAGCAUCAGAAACUUAGGAUAGAUGUUAUGUAUUGCAGUUUUGUAGUAUUCAGUAGUAAUCCCUGUACCAUCGUUGUUGUGUUGCCCAUCAUCUUAUACUGUCUUGCAAUACCAGAGAUUUAAAGCUACAGUGAGUGUGGGUGAUUUGUUUUUUUCUCCCUUCAGCACCCUAGAAAGCUUUAGCUGUUGAUUGGAAGUCUGUGCUGUCAGGUCAGAUCAAAUGAAUAGGACACCUGGGUGGCACAAGUAUAAAGUAUGCAUGCCCACUACAGUUAGAUCUGGGGUUCGAAUCUCAGUAGUGCUGACAGCUAGUUGGGUGUCUGCACAGGCAUGAAUGGGUUGAUGACCGAAGCAGCCUAGCCAUUUUGAGGUGCACUUGUCAGUGCCCUCAGUGCUGGUCCCAUGCUUGAAUAAAAUAGAAGGCUUGCAUUUAAAAGGGUGUAAAAACUGUGCUAAUCCCGGUAUGUGGAACAGAUCUGCUUUGACGAUUCUUACCAACCAUCAGAUUAACAGUACUAACGUGUUAAAUGUUCUCCAUGUUCUAGCAGAGGGUGCACCAAAUAUUUAACACUUACAUAUUGCAGCUUUAAGAUUUUGUGGGUAAUUCCAGUAAUUUAAGAGAAGUGAAUGUUGGCUCUUUGUAGCACAAUAAUCCGGUUAAUAGUAAUUGUUUUCAAUUUAAACACAAUUCAUGACGUGUGAUAUCAAGAGGACUGGAAACAACAUGUAAAAAGUUUCUCUAAACUUUGUAAAUACUCAACUGGCCUUAUUUUUAACCUGUUUAAAGUGGUUUAAGUUAAAGGACCAAAGUGAUUGGAGAGUUUGCUUUAUUUUGCUAAAUUAUGAAGAUUAUUCAUACAUUUUGCUGUAAGUUUUUGUGUUAUUCUUGCAGUUAAGCAAUUAAAGUUUGAUUUACACAUUUAUAUUGACUUUUUCCCCCAAAUUAUUCUUCUGAAUUCAUUUAUGAUACUGUCCUUGGUGUAAUUAGUCACCAAAUACUCACCAGAAAUUUAAACAGCAUUAUUGUUUGACAUCUUGAGAAGACAUCAAUUUAGCAUCAAGUCUUUCUGUGUAACUCUACUGUAUAUAACAUUUGGCUAUUCCUGGCAUCACCCUUAGGUUAGUGUAACAAAUCUACUUUUAAAUACCAUUUAUAAUAAUAAAUAUACUGUAUCAACUUGCAUUGUUCGGAAGACAUCUAUGUUGAUGUGUAGUGUUCAUUUUUUUUUGCAGUAUGCAUGUUUAUUUAAUGCUUUAAGCUGUAGCUCUGACACAAUGCACCUGUAUUUGCCGUUCAUCUGCUUCAUCCAAGUUUGGCCUGAUCUCUUACAGUAUGGAUAUUUUAUGUAUUUACAAAUAAAUACAAUUCUUGUUUAAUUUA